UCCAGCUCACUCCCCUCCCCUGAGCGGCCGCGGUGGCGGCCGGCGCUGAAUGAGAGACGCCGACUGCUCCGGUCGCCGAGCGCUAGCCUAGGCGGCGGCGGCUGCAAAGCGGCGGAGCGGGGGGGCCGGCGCCGUCUUUCCAAUCUCCGAAGCGUCUGCCGCGGCUGCACAGGAAUAAUAAUGUAUUUGUGGCCUUGGACGUGAAGCAAUCAGUCUUCUGUUGCUGUUAACUAGCGUCAGGGACUGAUGUUGUGGGAAGCAUGGACCUAAUGAACGGGCAGGCAAGCAGUGUUAAUAUUGCUGCUACUGCUUCUGAGAAAAGUAGCAGUUCUGAGUCAUUGAGUGACAAAGGUUCUGAAUUGAAGAAAAGCUUUGAUGCUGUGGUAUUUGAUGUCCUUAAGGUUACACCAGAAGAAUAUGCGGGUCAGAUAACGCUAAUGGAUGUUCCAGUAUUUAAAGCCAUUCAGCCAGAUGAGCUUUCAAGUUGUGGAUGGAAUAAAAAGGAAAAAUACAGUUCUGCACCAAAUGCGGUUGCCUUUACAAGAAGAUUUAAUCAUGUAAGCUUUUGGGUUGUUAGAGAGAUUCUUCAUGCUCAAACAUUAAAAAUUAGAGCAGAAGUUUUGAGCCACUAUAUUAAAACUGCUAAGAAACUGUACGAGCUGAAUAACCUUCACGCACUUAUGGCAGUGGUUUCUGGCUUACAGAGUGCCCCAAUUUUCAGGUUGACUAAAACAUGGGCGUUAUUAAGUCGAAAAGACAAAACUACCUUUGAAAAAUUAGAAUAUGUAAUGAGUAAAGAAGAUAACUACAAAAGACUCAGAGACUAUAUAAGUAGCUUAAAGAUGACACCUUGCAUUCCCUAUUUAGGUAUCUACCUGUCAGAUUUAACAUACAUUGAUUCAGCAUACCCAUCAACUGGCAGCAUUCUAGAAAAUGAGCAAAGAUCAAAUUUGAUGAAUAACAUCCUUAGAAUAAUUUCUGAUUUACAGCAGUCCUGUGAAUAUGAUAUCCCCAUGUUGCCUCACGUCCAAAAAUACCUGAACUCCGUUCAGUAUAUAGAAGAACUACAAAAGUUUGUGGAAGAUGAUAAUUACAAGCUUUCAUUAAAGAUAGAACCAGGGACAAGCACACCACGUUCUGCUGCUUCCAGGGAGGAUUUAGUAGGUCCUGAAGUAGGAGCAUCUCCACAAAGUGGAAGAAAAAGUGUGGCAGCUGAAGGAGCCUUGCUACCACAGACACCACCAUCCCCUCGGAACCUGAUUCCACAUGGACAUAGGAAGUGCCAUAGCUUGGGUUAUAAUUUCAUUCAUAAAAUGAACACAGCAGAGUUUAAGAGUGCAACGUUCCCAAAUGCAGGGCCAAGACAUCUAUUAGAUGAUAGCGUCAUGGAGCCCCAUGCACCAUCUCGAGGCCAAGCUGAAAGCUCUACUCUUUCUAGUGGAAUAUCAAUAGGUAGCAGUGAUGGCUCUGAACUAAGUGAAGAGACUUCAUGGCCUGCUUUUGAAAGGAACAGAUUAUACCAUUCUCUCGGCCCGGUGACAAGAGUGGCACGAAAUGGCUAUCGAAGCCACGUGAAGGCCAGCAGUUCUGCAGAAUCAGAAGAUUUGGCAGUACAUUUAUAUCCAGGAGCUGUUACUAUUCAAGGUGUUCUCAGGAGAAAAACUUUGUUAAAAGAAGGCAAAAAGCCUACAGUAGCAUCUUGGACGAAAUAUUGGGCAGCUUUGUGUGGGACACAACUUUUCUACUAUGCUGCCAAAUCUCUAAAGGCUACAGAAAGAAAACAUUUCAAAUCAACAUCAAAUAAGAACGUGUCUGUAGUAGGAUGGAUGGUGAUGAUGGCUGAUGACCCGGAACAUCCAGAUCUCUUCUUGCUGACUGACUCUGAGAAAGGAAAUUCAUACAAAUUUCAAGCUGGCAGUAGGAUGAAUGCAAUGCUGUGGUUUAAGCACUUGAGUGCAGCCUGCCAAAGUAACAAACAACAGGUUCCUACAAACUUGAUGACUUUUGAGUAAAAGCCUGAUAAAAAACAAGGUGAACUGUUAUCUUAAGUGAAAGCAAGGACCUGAUGAAAGAGCGCCAGCUAUAAACCAAUCCUGUGCCAGGAAGAGCCCAGAGGUUCCAUCUCAGCCUCUGGAGUUCUGAACCAAAAAAGCACUAAUUUCAGGGAAUGAAGUGAGAUAUUCCCAGAGAACAAAUUGGAGUUGCAAAACAAACUGCCAUGGACCAUGCUUCUUAUCUCUGAACUGACCUGUGGAAACCACUGCCUUAAAAGAAUGAAAGGAAAACCAACAUGAAACACCAAAUAGUGUGUGUGAAUCUUCUGGCGGUGCUGUGCUUGGAAUAGAUCGUAGCUAAUUUGCAUUUCUUUUAACUUUGUACUAAUUUUGGAGGGGAGAAUCGCCUUUUUUUAGAUACACUUUAAAAAGAAAAACAUAUUUCUUAUGGGUUACAUUAGGAGCUGGGUUUAAAGUGAGGUUUAAAGCUACUCCAGCUUAGUAGGGUUCUACCAGCAGCCUAGCGGAAAGGUUUGCUUGAGCUUCCAUUAGUCUGCAGCCUCACUCGCUUUUUCACAACAAGAGUGUAGGAAUUAGAAAUGUUAAUAACGUGAGUUGUUGGAGUUUGUUUGGGAUUUGGGGGGGGGGGUUGUUUUGGAUGAGGGGAGAUUUUUAAAAACACUAAACUUCUGAAAUUUAGUACUGUUUGGGGUACAUUAUUUCCUGCAGGAGGUAUAAAGGCUGAGUGUUCAUAUGCCAGACACUUUUUUCAAGUGGGCUCCAGAAAACAUGGUUGUUUUUAGCUGGGUUUAAAGCUUGGCCUUCUAUAUGAGUUCAUUGUUGGACCACAGAUCUGCUUAGUAGAGAACUGUAAUCCCUACCUAAACUUUUCUAAGAAGAUUUUACAAUAACUACAUUUUUCAAGUGAAUUGGAUUACCCCUUCUAUCACUCACAGGUGAUUUUUAUCAUCAAGGGUGAUGUAUUGAUAUUUUAUCAGGAUAGUUUCCUUUACAGUGUUUCAUGUGCACAAUGCCAGUUAUUUUUUUUGUUAUUCAUUUUCAUUAUUUUUGAUCAAUAUGAGAUUCAGGAUCACAUUUGUUUAAAAGAGAGUCGACGUAUGUACGUAUGCAUGUAUGUAUUUUAUUAUAAGGCAUACAAAAUAAUUUUCAAAGGGAAAAAGGUGAAAGACUGAGAUGCUGGGAAUUUUAAGUAUCAAAACUUUCCUUCCUACUUAAGCUUCCUUUAUUACAAACAUUUUUCUCAAAACUUACUAUAGGUCCUUACAAUGAAACCAUAUUUUGUCAGUAGUUGAUCAAGCAGUUUUGUGAGAGCUCUUUAAUGCAAUAAUGCAUUUAACUUUUGAAAUAAAUGUUAAGUUACAAAAAAUGUUUGCAGGUGAAAUGCCUUAGAGUUUUAACAAAAAACUGGCACUUGAAAAAAGGCUGUGUGUUGGAUGUUACAAACUCAUGAGGCAUCAUGGAUUUUGGCUGUGGCCCAGAGUAAGAAGUGCUUUUUGACUGGUAACUUCUGAUAGACUUCUAUUACUUUGGGCCUCACAUAAAAUUUUUCAGAUUGUAUUCUUGGAGAAUUUUAUGCUUUUUUUUAAUCAUAAGUAUUUCAUCCUUGAAUCCAUGAAACUUAAAUAGAAAAUAUUGCUUAUUAGAAUAAUUAGCUAAAAAAUCUCUCCAUUGGAAAGUAGAAGAGCUUUCCCUGAGUGCUUAGUUUUUAAAUUUAGUGUUCUGUUUGGAAAGGAUAUUAAGAGUUCAAAUAUCUUUCUCAUAUAGCACAGUUAGUAAUACCAUUACUUCUGGUUUUGUGAAAAGUGACAUGAGCUGGAAGAGGGCAAAAUGUGGCCUAUGCUAGUGAUUUUAUCUCCCAGCAUAGCCCACACUGGGCGCUGAGAAGAGGCCCUCUGCAUAACCAGCAUAGCAGUAUUACUCUGUAGACCUUGCACAUCUGACUUCUGUUUUAAUUUUCUUGUUUAUUUCUCUUCAGAAAUAAGUGUUUUUAACAGUGUAUGUGCUUUUUAAAAAACACUGUGGAUGAAAACCCUGUGGAUUUUUUAUUAUGUUUUCUGUUUGUCAUGAAUAAGCUAAAGUAGAUAAGUUUCUGUGGAGAGAUGCACCUGGAAGUCAGAGCCUGACAGCCCACAGUUUUGCCAAAGAGAGAGCUCCACUGGAAGAUGUGUUUGAUAUUUUCAGCGCUGAACAUGAGGCUGCUUGUGCAGCGUGAGAACAGUGUUCAGGUUUGGUGACUAAGUCCAUGUAUAGAUUUGUGGCCUCUGACUGACUGAAACUGAACCGUGCAGCGGACGUCACCAUUAUUUUUGUCUUCAAAUUUGUCCAUUCAAAAGAUUGCUCAUUGCUUUUUAAGGUGAAUUUAGCAUUUGAAGCAAAGAUCAGUGAAGGAAGUGAAUUAAAAUAGUGUAGGUGAAUUUUUUAUCUGUAAUUCACCAAAUGAGACCUAAUAAUAAUUCAAGGAAAAAUAAAUGUUACCAAAAUAUAUUAAAUAUUUAGGCAGUGUAUUAGUGGGAAGGUGAAAUUUUUCUCCUCUUGUAAGGCCUACCCUUAAUAAAUUUGUAAAGUAGCGACUCAAAAGCUUGAAAUUUCCACCAAUAUUAAGCUCAUUUGUUUCUCUCCAAGUCAAGAAGACCUCAUUGGAAAUUCCAUUAUAAUUUAAGCUACUUUUUGGUAAACAUAAUGAUUGGUAUAUUAUCCAGCCUGGUGUAAUAGUAUAAUACCACCCAAAAUACAGUUUGAGGCACAUCUUAUUUAACUGUUUGUUUGAACAUGGAAGCUUAUUUUUCAUGCAGAAGUAACAUAACAGUUUUUAAAAUACAACUAUAAAAAUAACUGCUGACCUCGAAGAGCACUGUUUUUGGUCUCAUGCUCCCUCUUUGUUUGAGUUCUGCUUAUUUUUUUCAGAGGCUUUAUUUUUACCGUACCUCCAAACUGUAAGAAUUAAAAGAACCAAUCAAACACACCUUCCUAUUACAUUUUCUUCACUGUGUAGAUAUUAUUUGCGUAAACAUUGCAAAAAGGGAUCCAAGCAAUUUGAGUUUGAGUAUUUUUUACUCCCCAGGCAUGUACUUCAAUGACAAAUGUUUUCCUGUGUGGAAAAUGCCAUAUGACUAUUGCACUACUUUCUGUAUGGACUGUCUUGGUAUUGUGUCUUUUUGUAUGUCAAGAACUAGGGUGUUUGUAGCUGCAAAGUUUCUGUAAGUGGCUUUAUUCCUCUUCUAGAAGAUUUAUAAAGGAGCCCAAGGUGCACUGUUAUAGAAGGAAAAAAUGUUUACGGUCUCUAGUGUAUACACCUUAUGUAUUAGUUGAAACCAGGGCCCUCCAAGAGCAGCCCGGCCUAUUGCUCUCUUAGGAUUACUAGAAUUUACCUGGCCAAAUGAUUUGAGCGGAAGUCUUUUUUCUUUUUUCUUUUUUAAGGUUAAAUCUGUAAGUUAAAUAUGCCUUUACUACUGAAGACAACACUAUAGGACAUCAUAUUAAUUAGAAAUCGACAAUAAUAGUAGAUUUAAUCCAUUAACUUUUUAGAAGAAUGUAUCCACUAUUGAUUUCCUUCCUGUUUUUUUGAGGCACAUUCCUUUACAACGAGUUUUUAAACCACCAUAUUAUCUUCUUCUGCAAACAAGGGGUACCAGUGUUGCUUAACAGAAGAUAAUCAUCAAUUUUAAAAAAUUCUCUGCUUCAAAGGCUUUUGAAAUAAUUGGAUCCCUUUUUGAAAAUGAAGAUGAAUUUUUACUGUGUCCCCGUGGAACAGUAGUACAGCUGUUGCAUGAAUAGGUGAUACAAAGCAAGUGGUGAGGUUUGUCUGACUUCUUCAGUGAUCUUUUAGGGUUUGCUUUUAUUUUUUCUCUCUCUCUCUCUCUCUUCUUUUAUAUUUCUUUCAAACAUAGUAAAUUUAUAAUUUUACAGCCAGAGUAGUAUUCUGGUUUUUUCUAACAAACAUUGUUAUUUAAUCACAUUGGUGAUAAUUAUUUUCUGUGUGAAGUCAACCUUUUCAAAAUGAUUUAAGUAUUUCUGGUUUUGCUUCCUUAAAAAUGGCUUGUGUCUAAAGUAAUUACUUUUCUCUUGUUAGAGGAUUCCAAUGAAAGACAUCUGUGCAUGCAAACUUUUAAGCUUUUGGAAAGCAAUUUCAUUACACUGGUAUCUCAAGUAUGUAGUGUGGGGAAGAUUUGGUCAGUGCCUUAUCAAUUUGAAGACCAACUUUAGGGCAUCGAGUAUGACAAUAAUCACUUGCCCUGUUACUCCUCUUAUUUCAGGAGUGUGUGCUAUCCCUCUCUCCACCAGCUUACUCUUUCUCACAGCAGGUCUAAGAAAAUGUGUGCAGAUCACUCUAGAUAAUUGUUGCAUUCCACCUUGGCUUUGAGUCUUUUCAGACAAGCUCCGUCCCUGCUCCUCUCCUUCCAGGGUAGAAGAUUAAAAUUAAACCCACCAAAUCAGCCUUUAGAUGAGCACUCCUGAGAACAACUUUGAAGAGCAUCCAUCCAGCUGAGUUUAUUUUUAUUUUGUGUUGUUGAAAUUGUUGUUUUGAACAUAGAUUUAAUUAUGUCCUUUCAGAAAAUCCUUAAAAGAAUACAGUACAGCCAGAAAGAUCUGUUUGGGUUUUGUUAAAGCUACUGAAAUCCCGAAAUGAGAGUCCCUUUUCCCAGAAGUGAGAUUUAGUUCAGUACAUUCUUAUAUUUAAAUAAGACUCAGACCAAACAAGCAGUCACUUAACCUACCAGUUAUUGUUUACUUGAAAAUACUAUGUCAGGAAAGUGAAAACAGCUCCAAAAUAUAAAUUAAAGAGAAGUUAAGAGAGUAAGCCAAUUCUCAGUAAAAGCAAAGCCUGGAAACAUUUUGCUUCUCCGAGAUUAUUGCAAGAUCUGGAGCUACUCUUGUUCAACUGAGUCAAGAUGCUAUUUUCACAUUUUUUAAAGGGCUAGUAUGUUCUAGAAUAGGCAAGUAAAUUUAGUGUUUAAAGCCAAAUGAAGGGUUAACUCGUCCUUAGGGGUUGUUAGUAGAAAUUAAAGUUUGAUUCUAGUCAUUUGGACUGCAAAGUGGUGAUGGGAUUAAAGGAAUACAUAAUUAGAAUGUUUUGGGAUUGAACUUUUUUUCAAAAUAGACAAGUAGAAAAUUUCGUACUUAGCUGUGCUUUAGAUAUGAGGUAACAAAUAUUAAUUUUCCCAUGAAGAUACCACUUAUUAGAACUAUUAACAGAUAUAGUCCAGUAAUUAUUGACUUACUAGGUCUGACAGAGUAGCUGAUAAUAAGUCACCAGACACUCAAAAGAGUUUCUAUACCUUGAUUAUUGACAAAUCCAUUGUUUUACAGCCGACUGAAGUAUGUUAUGUGUGGGGAGGGGGUGGGGAACUCGUUCACAGUGUAAUCUAAAGGAGAUAAAAGCAUCUGUGGGGAUGAAUAUCCAAUGAUGAUAAUAUACAGGAAAACACAAGCCAUUUUUAUUCUCCUUCAUCCCGGUUAACUUGAGGUACAAAGAUGAAGUACUCAUUUGCACUAUGACCUCCUGGAGUGACGUGCAGCUUGGUUCCUCUCUCACUUUUUGUUUCUGUUUAAUAUGCAAAUGUGAGUGUGAGAUCUUCAGUGUGUUUGCAUAAUCUAACUUAAAAUGAAUUUAAGUACAGUUUUCUGAAAUAUUUCUAUUGGAAUAAAUUACUUA